AUGGGUGGCCAGGAUCAUACUCCGAAGAGAUCCCAGGAUGAAGCUACCGACGCUAAGGUGCUGAUUCACCAGCGUGGCCAAAUCAAGCGCAGAGUUACGCUGAUCAACAACAUGCUAGAGGAAGCCAAAGAAGACCCAACAAAGGUGUCUCAAACGCAGCUAAAGGUGUUUGCAAAAAAGCUCGAUGUUCAUUACCAAGAAUACUCCGCCGUGCAUCGUGAAAUCUUGGAAUCGAUUCCGUCAUCAAAACUCGAUGAGCAAGAUGAGAUGCUGACGGCAUUCGAUGUUCUACACACCGAAGCCAUGAACACAAUCGAGCAGCUAUCUGAAGCGCGGUCGCAGCCUAUGGCCCCAGCAGAUAGCACUGUUACGCAGCAAUUCAUCGUGCAACAACAACCAUUGCGAGCGCCUAUUCCCAGUUUCGACGGAAGGGUGGAGAACUGGACCAAGUUCCAGACAAUGUUAGAGGACAUUGUUGCUAAGGGCAGUGACUCCGAUGCCAUGAAGCUGCAUCAUCUCGAUAAGGCUUUGGUUGGAGAUGCUUCUGGUUGGAUAACAGUGAAGAUGAUCCAGGACAACAACUUCGAGCAAACGUGGAAACAGCUGAAGUCCCAGUUCGAGAACCCCCGAGUCAUUGUUGACACACAUCUGACUGGUCUCCUGGACUUAAAACCUGUCCUGAAAGGAAACCACAAGGAGCUGUUGGAGCUCGUAAAGACAGUUCAACGGCACGUUGGAGGUUUGGAGUAUCAAGACAUCAAGGUCGACAAAUUGUCUGGGUUGUUGUUAACGAAAAUAAUCACUUCACGGCUGGACGAACAAACUGUUCGGCUGUGGGAACGAACCCAGAAACACGGAAGGUUGCCCGACUUUAACCAAACGCUUAAGUUCCUGCAAGGCGAAUGUCAGGUUUUAGAACGGUUCCAGAGUCGGCCCCAAGCAACUUCCAUGAACCAAGGAAGCUCUAAACCAUCAUGUUCGAAAUCCACAAGCCAGAGAGUACAUGCUGCAGCACCUACCACAACUAGCCAGCUCUGCCUCUUUUGCAACAGGGCACAUCGUCAUCACGAGUGUCCCACAUUUAAACAGUUCACACUAGCACUACGCAACGCCAAGGUGAAGGAGUUGAAACUGUGUUACAACUGCCUUCGACCCGGUCACCGUUCCAACAACUGUUCAUCCAACAGAACGUGCAUUAAAUGUCAGCGGAAACACCACACAUUACUACAUGAGGAACCACCAGAACUGCCGGAUACCCAAGCACAGAUGGCAAGCCCCAUCCAAUCCAUGCGGUUUGAGCAGCAGGCUCAAGCAUCGAAUCAUCCAACGUCUAACGCCGCCGUUCCAUACAGCCGACCGUUGGAACAAAGGACGGCCAUGCUUAUGACAGCUCUCGUGAACCUGAGAGACGAAUCCAACAGGACGAUCCCCUGUCGUGCGCUGUUGGAUUGCGGCUCACAGGUGAGCUUCAUCUCGAAGGCGAUGGCCGAUCGCCUCCUCACCCCGCGUAUCCCCACACUUGUGCCGAUUACUGGAGUCGGUACAGUUAAGACGUGUGCCCGGGAAAAAUUCGUCGUGAACAUCGAAUCUCGAUAUUCAACCUUCUCAACAACCGCCGAGUGCCUCGUGAUUCCUAAGGUCACAGGAAUCAUCCCCACAAGCCAGCUGAACGUGUCGAAAUGGCCACUACCGCCCGAUAUCUUUCUUGCCGAUCCUGAAUUUCAUACGCCUGGUCAAAUCGACAUGUUACUGGGUGUGUCCCAUUUCAUGCGUCUUCUCAAGUCAAACAGAAUGCAGCUACGAGAAGAUUUGCCUGACCUGCAAGAGACUCAUCUCGGAUGGGUAGUUGCUGGAGACGUCGAGGACGAGUCGACCAAUCAGCAGAGCUUCAUCGCUACCACCACUACGCUUUCCGAGACCAUGAAUAAAUUUUGGGAAGUUGAAGACAUCGGAGAUAUAGAUGAAACGACCGAGCAUGAAGAAUGCGAAAAGAUUUUUCUUGCUACCCACCGACGUGACAAUGAUGGAAGAUACAUUGUCGCCCUACCAUUUCGUGAGUAUCUACCUGUACUAACUAACAAUCGAGAGCUUGCUUUGCGUCGUUUCCUCUCUUUAGAACGGCGAAUGAAGAAAGAUCAUUCCCUGAAGCUCCAGUACUCCAAGUUCAUCGAUGACUACGAAGCUCUUGGUCAUUGCCAUGAAGUCAAGGAGGAAUCCGACGAACCGAACAAGGCUCGCUACUACCUACCUCACCAUGCUGUCCUACGUCCAUCGAGCUCCAGUACGAAGCUGCGAGUGGUCUUCGACGCAACCGCCAAGGCUACAACAUCCGAUGUAGCUCUCAACCAAGCCCUAAUGGUGGGUUCAACUGUGCAGAACGACAUCUUUGUCAUCCUCGUCCGUUUCCGGAAACACUUUGUUGUGUUCACAGCUGAUAUAUCGAAGAUGUAUCGGCAGAUCAAGGUCAUCUCCGACCACACGUGCUUUCAACGCAUCUUCUGGCGUGCUGAUCCAGCACUUCCUCUUCGCGUCUUAGAGUUGACAACCGUCACUUACGGAACAUCGUGCGCUCCUUUCCUUGCGACUCGGUGCUUACUGCAGUUGAGCAUCGACGAAGCGUCAUCGUAUCCGAAGGCAGUCAACAUCAUCCGAGACGACUGUUACGUUGACGACAUCCUAUCCGGAGCCAGCACUGUGGCUGAAGCAACUGAGUGUCAAACCCAGCUCCUAGGGUUGCUCAAUUCCGCUGGGUUCCCAGUUCACAAGUGGAGUUCGAACUCUCCAGAGCUCCUGAAACACGUCCCCGAAGCUGACCGUGAGGAACUGGUAACUCUCGGCGACGAAACUGAAGGUGUCUUGAAGACACUCGUAUUGACAUGGAAUCCACAUCGAGACGAAUUUGCAUUCGUCGUUGACCAGUUCAUGCAACAUUCCAAUCCACCAACCAAGCGAUCCGUUCUUUCCGAGAUAAGCAAACUAUUUGACCCGAUUGGCUUGCUCUCGCCAGUCAUUAUCAUUGCGAAGCUUAUUUUGCAGAAGAUUUGGUUGGCUGGACUUCCAUGGGACACCAGCCUAGAAGGAGAACUGCUGCAAGAGUGGCUGCAGUUUCGUACAUCCCUGAAGAACGUGAAUGGCAUCAGAAUACCUAGGUGUGUGGUGCUUCCUAACCACAUUUCUAUUGAAGUGCACGGUUUUUCUGAUGCAUCCAAAAGAGCCUACGGAGCAGCGUUGUAUCUUCGCUGCAUCUUUCCUGAUGGAACUGCAAGUCUUCGUUUGCUUUGCAGCAAAUCGAAGGUUGCACCAGUGAAACCAGUAACCAUUCCGCGCAUGGAAUUGCUAGGAGCCUAUCUUCUCGCAAGGUUGAUCUCCAAGGUUGCUGGGUCCAUCGAUCUUCACCUCCGCAACAUCAUACUCUGGACUGACAGCCAGAUUGUCCUUGCUUGGCUGAAGAAACCACUUGCAACCCUGCAAGUGUUUGUGCGAAAUCGAAGUGAAAAAAUUCGCAACCUUACCGAACCGCUGGACGUACAAUGGAAGUACAUUUCAACGAAGGAAAAUUCAGCUGACAUCGUGUCUCGAGGUCUUCUGCCAGAAACCUUGAAGACAACCACUCUCUGGUGGAUGGGUCCGACGUUCCUUCAGAGAGCCGAUUACGACGUAGAGAUUCCGGAAGAUCUUCCUGACGAAAUCGUUCCAGAAUUGAGAGCGUCACCCGUCGUUGCAGCGCUGGUUAUCAAUCAAGACAAAUUACCCGUGUUCUUAAAGUUUAGCUCUUUUCGAAAACUGCAACAAGUGAUUGCUCUAGUUCAACGCUUCAUCCUGAAUUGUCGACAAAGAGACGUUUCAAGGCGUGUAACCUGCCAACAUUGUACCAUCUCCGAACUUCGAAGCGCUUUAAACGUCAUUGUGAAGGUCAUUCAGUAUGAGGCUCUUGCUGACGAAAUCCACCGAGUAAAGGCUAAUGAGCCGUGUAAGCGGAUUCAAGCUCUACAUCCGUUCAUCAUCGACGAGAUUCUGCGAGUCGGAGGAAGACUCCAGAAUUCCAAUCUACCACUGUCCAGUAAACAUCAAAUCUUGCUACCAAAGCAUCCCAUCACCGAUCUCAUCAUCCUGACGAGGGAGCAGUUUUGGAAGCAGUGGAGAAAAGACUAUCUUCAGAGCCUGCAACCACGCAGCAAGAAUCAAAAGACACUUCCAAACAUUCGCCCUGGAAUGAUCGUGUUAGUUGAGGAAAGAGAUUUGCCUUCGCAGACCUGGAAGCUAGGCAAAAUCGUAAACAUACCCGGGACCAGACAACCUCGUACGAGCUGUGGACGUUAA